AUGCCCCGCCACCACGCGGGAGGAGAGGAGGGCGGCGCCGCCGGGCUCCGGGUGCAGAGCGGCGCGGCGGCGGCGGCGGGCGGGGGGCGCCCGGGCGGCGGCAUGAAGGAUGUGGAGUCGGGCCGGGGCAGGGUGCUGCUGAACUCGGCGGCCGCCAGGGGCGACGGGCUGCUGCUGCUGGGCACCCGCGCGGCCGCGCUCGGCGGCGGCGGCGGCGGCGGCCUGAGGGAGAGCCGCCGGGGCAAGCAGGGGGCCCGGAUGAGCCUGCUGGGGAAGCCGCUCUCCUACAGCAGCGGCCAGAGCUGCCGGCGCAACGCCAAGUACCGGCGGCUGCAGAACUACCUGUACAACGUGCUGGAGCGACCCCGCGGCUGGGCGUUCGUCUACCACGCGUUCGUCUUUCUCCUUGUCUUUGGUUGCUUGAUUUUGUCAGUGUUUUCCACCAUUCCUGAGCACACGAAAUUGGCCUCAAGUUGCCUCUUGAUUCUGGAGUUCGUGAUGAUUGUCGUCUUUGGUUUGGAGUUCAUCAUUCGAAUCUGGUCUGCAGGUUGCUGUUGUCGGUACAGAGGAUGGCAAGGAAGACUGAGGUUUGCCCGAAAGCCCUUCUGUGUUAUAGAUACCAUUGUUCUUAUCGCUUCAAUAGCAGUUGUUUCUGCAAAAACUCAGGGUAACAUUUUUGCCACGUCCGCACUCAGAAGUCUCCGUUUCCUACAGAUCCUCCGAAUGGUGCGCAUGGACCGAAGGGGAGGCACUUGGAAAUUACUAGGUUCUGUGGUUUAUGCCCACAGCAAGGAAUUAAUCACAGCUUGGUACAUAGGAUUUUUGGUUCUUAUUUUUUCGUCUUUCCUUGUCUACCUGGUGGAAAAGGAUGCCAACAAAGAGUUCUCUACAUAUGCAGAUGCUCUGUGGUGGGGCACAAUUACAUUGACAACGAUUGGCUAUGGAGACAAAACUCCCCUAACUUGGCUGGGAAGAUUGCUUUCUGCAGGCUUUGCGCUCCUUGGCAUUUCUUUCUUUGCACUUCCUGCCGGCAUCCUUGGCUCGGGUUUUGCAUUAAAAGUGCAAGAACAGCACCGCCAGAAACACUUUGAGAAAAGAAGGAAUCCAGCUGCCAACCUCAUUCAGUGUGUUUGGCGUAGUUAUGCAGCUGAUGAAAAAUCUGUUUCCAUUGCCACCUGGAAGCCGCAUUUGAAGGCCCUGCACACCUGCAGCCCCACCAAUCAGAAGCUAAGUUUUAAGGAGCGGGUGCGCAUGGCUAGCCCAAGAGGCCAGAGUAUUAAGAGCAGACAAGCCUCGAUAGGUGACAGGCGGUCCCCGAGCACUGACAUCACAGCCGAGGGCAGCCCCACCAAAGUGCAGAAGAGCUGGAGCUUCAACGACCGAACCCGCUUCCGGCCCUCGCUGCGCCUCAAAAGCUCUCAGCCCAAACCCGUGGUAGACGCUGACACCGCCCUGGGAACUGAUGAUGUAUACGAUGAGAAAGGAUGCCAGUGUGAUGUAUCUGUAGAAGACCUCACCCCACCACUUAAAACUGUCAUUCGAGCUAUCAGAAUAAUGAAAUUUCAUGUUGCAAAACGGAAGUUUAAAGAAACGUUACGCCCAUACGAUGUGAAAGAUGUAAUUGAACAAUAUUCUGCUGGUCACCUGGACAUGUUGUGUAGAAUUAAGAGCCUUCAAACACGUGUUGAUCAAAUUCUUGGAAAAGGGCAAAUCACAUCAGAUAAGAAGAGCCGAGAAAAAAUACCAGCAGAACAUGAAACCACAGAUGACCUCAGUAUGCUCGGCCGGGUGGUCAAGGUUGAAAAACAGGUACAGUCCAUUGAGUCCAAGCUGGACUGCCUGCUGGACAUCUAUCAGCAGCUCCUCCGGAAAGGCUCCGCCUCAGCCCUCACCCUGGCCUCGUUCCAGAUCCCACCGUUUGAAUGUGAACAGACAUCUGACUAUCAAAGCCCCGGGGACAGCAAGGACCUGUCCAGCUCUGCCCAGAACAGCGGCUGCCUCACCAGGUCGGCCAGUGCCAACAUCUCCCGAGGCCUGCAGUUCAUCCUGACGCCCAAUGAGUUCAGUGCUCAGACUUUCUACGCGCUCAGCCCCACUAUGCACAGCCAAGCAACACAGGUGCCGCUGAGUCAAAGCGACGGCUCCUCGGUGGCGGCCACCAACAGCAUUGCAAACCAAAUAACCGCGGCCCCGAAGCCAGCAGCCCCGACCACUUUACAGAUCCCGCCUCCUCUCCCGGCCAUCAAGCACCCGCCCAGACCAGAGACCCUGCACCCGAACCCCACGGGCUUACAGGAGAGCAUCCCUGAUGUCACCGCCUGCCUUGUUGCCUCCAAGGAAAACGUUCAGGUUGCACAGUCAACUCUGACCAAGGACCGUUCCCUGAGGAAGAGCUUUGACCUGGGAGGAGAAACUCUGUUGUCCGUCCACCCGGUGGCGCCCAAGGACCUGGGCAAAUCUCUGUCUGUACAAAACCUGAUCAGGUCCACAGAGGAGCUGAAUAUCCAGCUUUCAGGGAGUGAGUCAAGUGGCUCCAGAGGCAGCCAAGAUUUUUACCCCAAAUGGAGGGAAUCCAAAUUGUUUAUAACUGAUGAAGAGGUAGGUUCGGAAGAGACGGAGACAGACACUUUUGACGCCACGCCGCAGCAGCCUGCCAGGGAAACUGCUUUUGUGUCAGACUCACUGAGGACUGGAAGAUCUCGAUCAUCUCAGAGCAUUUGUAAGGCCGGAGAGAGUACAGAUGCCCUCAGCCUGCCUCACGUCAAACUGAAAUAA